UCGCAGCGGACACGCAUGCCAUGCUUGAUGACAGGGCAAGCAGUUGCCGGCCGGGCCCACGUCGGAAAGAGCUACACCUUUCACUGUCCAGGUGGGCUUCGUUCGUUGAAGGUAUGCGGUAGGAGGGUAGCGUUACCGUCAAAAAGCGAAGCGGAGCGGACUUUAAAAGAGAAGAGAAAGACGCUUGAGGCAAGCGCCGAAGCAGGACAGACGAAAGGCAGUAUGCUGGCAUUGUGCUCUUCCUCCUCCGCUCCUCCCCUCUUCUUCCAUCGAGCUUCUUCCUCUCGAACUCCCAAGGUCUCAAUUAAUCAUAGAUGUGCAAAACACCAAUCAACAUUACUGGUGAAUGCAUCUGCAAGUUUUCCUGGCAGAUUACCUCUCUUUUAUUCACAAAGAUGGUCCAUGAACAACAAGGCUGAACAACAAUUUGCAAUAUCAUCUGUUGUGAAAGAAACCCAAGCUUCUACAACCAUUGAAGAAGAUGUUCAACUUGGAGUUUUUGAAAUCGAUCCAUCACUGGAAAAAUUCAAAGACCAUUUUAGUUAUAGGACAAAGAAAUACAUAGAAACUAAAUCAAUGAUUGAAAAAUACGAAGGAAGUCUUGAAGAAUUUGCUCAAGGUUACCUAAAGUUCGGAUUCAAUAGAGAACAAGACAGUAUUGUCUACCGUGAAUGGGCUCCAGCUGCACAAGAAGCGCAAGUUAUUGGAGAUUUUAAUGGUUGGGAUGGGUCCAACCACAAAAUGGAAAGAAACGAAUUUGGGGUUUGGACAAUUACAAUUCCAGACUCCGGAGGCAGCCCAUCCAUUCCACACAAUUCCAGAAUCAAAUUUCGGUUCAAACAUGGCAAUGGGGUUUGGGUUGACAGGAUUCCGGCAUGGAUCAAAUUUGCAACUGUUGCCCCGACUCAGUUUGGUGCUCCUUACGAUGGGGUUUACUGGGAUCCACAAUCUUCAGAGAGGUAUAUCUUCAAGCAUCCUCGACCUCCUAAAUCUGCAGCUCCAAGGAUCUAUGAAGCUCAUGUUGGGAUGUGUGGCCAAGAACCACGUGUAAGCACUUACAGGGAAUUUGCAGACAAUGUCUUACCUCGUAUAAGUGAAAAUAACUACAACACGAUUCAGUUAAUGGCUAUCAUGGAACACUCAUACUAUGGAUCUUUCGGUUAUCAUGUUACCAACUUUUUUGCUGUAAGUAGUAGAUCUGGGACACCCGAGGAUCUUAAGUAUCUUAUAGACAAGGCCCAUGGUUUAGGAAUCCGAGUUUUAAUGGAUGUUGUUCACAGCCAUGCUAGCAACAAUGUCACAGAUGGUCUUAAUGGGUUUGAUGUUGGACAAGGCACUCAAGACUCGUACUUCCAUACUGGAGAAAAGGGUUCUCAUAAACUAUGGGAUAGCCGAUUAUUCAACUAUGCUAACUGGGAAGUUCUACGCUUUCUUUUAUCAAACUUAAGAUGGUGGCUGGAUGAGUUCAUGUUUGAUGGUUUUCGAUUUGAUGGCGUAACUUCAAUGCUCUACCAUCAUCAUGGAAUUAACAUGGUAUUCACUGGAAACUACAGUGAGUAUUUCAGCGAAGCUACUGAUGUGGAUGCAGUGGUUUACAUGAUGCUUGCAAACCACUUGGUGCAUAAGCUUUUGCCAGAUGCCACUGUUGUUGCUGAAGAUGUUUCUGGCAUGCCAGCUCUCUGUCGACCAGUUUAUGAAGGUGGAGUAGGUUUUGACUAUAGGUUGGCCAUGUCAAUCCCUGAUAAGUGGAUUGACUUCUUGAAGAAUCAAAGGGAUAUUGAAUGGUCAAUGAAAGACAUUGUUUGGAGCCUUACAAACAGGAGAUACACUGAAAAGUGCAUAGCAUAUGCAGAAAGCCAUGAUCAGGCUAUUGUAGGGGACAAAACGAUUUCCUUCCUCCUGAUGGACAAGGAGAUGUAUUCAGGCAUGUCUGAUUUGAAACCUGCUUCGCCUCUCAUUGAUCGAGGGACGUCACUGCAUAAGAUGAUUCACUUAAUAACUAUGGCGCUGGGUGGUGAAGGUUACUUAAAUUUCAUGGGAAAUGAGUUUGGUCAUCCGGAAUGGAUUGAUUUUCCAAGAGAAGGCAAUGACUGGAGCUAUGAUAAGUGUAGACGUCAGUGGAACCUGGUGGACACUGAUCACCUAAGAUACAAGCACAUGAAUGCCUUUGAUAGAGCAAUGAAUUUGCUUGAUGAUAGAUUCCACUUCCUUGCAUCAGCAAAGCAGGUUGUGAGUAGCACGUCUGAAGAAGAUAAGGUAAUUGUGUUCGAACGAGGCGAUUUGAUUUUUGUGUUCAAUUUCCAUCCAGAGAACACCUAUAACGGGUAUAAGGUUGGCUGUGAUUUGCCAGGGAAAUACAAGGUAGCACUGGAUAGUGAUGCUUCCGAAUUUGGUGGACAAGGAAGAGUUGGCCAAGAUGUAGACCAUUUUACAACUCCUGAAGGAAUUCCAGGAGUUCCAGAAACAAACUUCAACAACCGUCCCAACUCAUUCCAAGUCCUAUCUCCUGCACGCACUUGUGUGGUUUAUUACAAAGUUGAUGAAACUGCUGAACAACCCGGCGAAGAAACCAUUGGAAGCGAAUCGACACUGUCAAGUAUAUCGGUUCAAUCUGAAGUCGACGAAACCACUGCAGUCACCACUCUAGUCCUAGGAGAAGAAACAGAAGAAACAACUGAAACAGGCGCAAUGCUGGCGCUGGAUGAUUCAAACAUUGACAAGAAUGCUGAUUUCUUGAGCAAUGAAAACUGAUAAGUCAGCAAACAAAUAGAUUAAGGGGUUCUCCUGAUCAAAGCUCCUUCAGAAGAUCUUUCGGGUGAAGAUAAGUAUUAAAUAAACAAGGAGCUUACUGGUGCCACUUUAGCAGCUUCUAUUUUGUUAUAAAUUGACAGUUAUGGUUUUGACAUUGCAAGUUUCUUUUAUCAUGUACAUAUAUGCAGUUACUUCCAGUAAAAGAAUGAGAGUCAUUGUGCCACAAACAGUUGCACAUAACUAUCAUAAAGAUGAGAUUAAUUAGUGAUGAAAAUGAAUGUUCUCUUAAA